AUGUCAAGGAGAAGAGGAGGAGUCAAAGCUAAAUCAGCAUCCAAGUCUACAAGUAAGUCUGUGGUCAAACCACUGUCAUCAAAAGAUAAUUCUCACUUCCUAGAAGCUCUAAAACUUUAUGAAGGUAAACAGUAUAAGAAGUCAAUUAAAUUACUAGAUGGGAUCUUAAAAAAAAAUGUGAAGAAUCCAGACAUUCUAGCCUUGAAAAGUUUGAAUUUACAAUUUCUUGGUGAAAAGUCAGAUGCACAACUAUAUGCUAGUCAGGCAAUCAAAUUAAUUGAGGGAACUGCUGCAUCUGCUAUCUGUUGUCAUGUCUUAGGGAUUUACAUGAAGACUAUCAAAGAUUAUCCAGAAUCUAUUAAAUGGUUUCAAGCAUCUUUAGAUAAUGGGUCUACCAACCAACAAAUUUAUAGAGAUUUAGCUACUUUACAAUCUCAAGUUGGUGAUUUUAAAAGUGCUUUAGUGUCAAGAAAAAAAUAUUGGGAAGCCUUUUUAGGUUAUAGAGCUAACUGGACUGCUCUUGCCGUUGCUCAAGAAUUGAAUGGUGAAAGACAACAAGCUGUUAACACUUUAUCUCAAUUUGAAAAAUUAGCAGAAGGUAAAAUUAGUGAAGCUGAAAAAUUCGAACAUAGUGAAUGUUUAAUGUAUAAAAAUGAUAUUAUGUAUAGAAAUGCUGGGUCGAACAAAGAUAAAUUGGAGAAAGUGUUGAAACACUUAAAUGACAUCGAAUCAAAAGUUACUGACAAAUUUUCGAUCUUAGAGAGAAGAGCUAACAUUUUUAUGAAGAUGGGUCAAUUUAAAGAAGCUUCAUUGGUCUACAGAGCUUUAAUCAAGAGAAACCCAGAUAAUUUCAGUUACUAUAAGUUAUUAGAAAUCUCAUUAGGCAUUAAGAAUAAUAAUAAACUAAGAAAACUCUUCUAUGAAAAGAUGAAUAAAUUUUAUCCAAGAUCUGAACCACCAAAAUUUAUUCCAUUAACUUUUAUUCAAAAUGAAAAUGAAUUAUCCAAAACAUUGAGUGAGUAUAUUAUUCCUCAGUUAAGUCGUGGUGUUCCAGCUACUUUUUCUAAUAUCAAACCAUUGUAUCAAAAGAGAUCAAGUGUGGUUCCUAGAUUAGUCAUAAACAUUGUGCAAAAGUAUUUUGAAUCUAUCAAUGCAAAUGAAACUCCUAUAGCAUAUAUCUGGACUUGUUAUUUUUUAUCACAACAUUAUUUAUACAUGAAGGAUUUUAAUAAAGCACAAGAGUUUGUUGUCUUAGCCAUUAAGCACACCCCAACCAUGGUUGAAUUCUAUAUCUUAAAAGGAAGAAUUUUAAAACAUCAAGGUGAAUUUAUCAAAGCAGCACAAACUAUCGAUGAAGGUAGACAGUUAGAUUUACAAGACAGAUUCAUUAAUUGUAAAACAGUCAAAUACUACCUUAGAGCCAAUGACAUCGAUAAAGCUGUCGAAAUUGUAUCACUCUUCACUAAGAAUGAGAAUUCUGCGAAUGGUAUCAAAGAUUUACAUAUUGUCGAGGCCUCAUGGUUUAUUAUUGAACAAGCGGAGGCAUAUUAUAGAUUAUAUUCAGACACUGUGAGAAAAUUAGAAUCAUUGAACAAGGAAUUGGCAAAUUUGAACGACAAGAGUAAUGAAGAUGAAAAUGCCAAAAAUGCAUUGAACGAAAAAAUCAAAACUUGUAAGUGGGAAUGUAUUAAAUAUAAAGGUUUAUCUUUGAAAAGAUUUGUAGCUAUAUCUAAAUUCUAUCAACAGUUUGAAGAUGAUAAAUUAGAUUUCCAUUCAUAUUGUAUGAGAAAGGGUACACCCAGAGCAUACCUUGACAUGUUAAAGUGGGGGGACAACAUUUAUACUAAACCAAUGUAUGUUCGUUCCAUGGAAGGUUCAUCAAAAAUUUACUUUGAUAUGGAUGAUUCAUUAAAAGAAAUGCAAAAUAAACAAUCUGAUAACGAAGAUGGAUCCUCUGCUGCUGUUAAAUUGAGCAACAAACAAUUAAAGAAGGAAACUGCAGCAUUAAAUAAACGUAAGGAAGAAGAGAAGCAAACCAUUAUGGCAUACAACGAAGAUCAAGAUAAUGACCCAUUUGGUGAUAAAAUGAUUCAAACCAAACAUCCAUUAAAGGAUUUCUAUGAUAAAUUCUACCAGAAAUAUAAUGAGCAAGUAAGAGAUGAUGAAAAGGAUUGUCUGUUAGAUUUUGAAUAUCACUAUCGUGAUGGAAAAUUAGCAUUAUGUUUAGCUUCAAUGAAUAAGUUAAAGACAAGAAUUACUGAUGCAAGCAAUGAGAAAUCAUUGACAAUCCUUGCUAUAAUGACGACAAUUUUGUCUGAUGCUAGUCAAAAUCCUCAUUUUGAUGAUAUUGCAAAGAAGGUUGCAAUUAAAGGACUAGAAUCCCAAUACAAAGAUUUACUUUUAUUAGGAGAUCACUCAGACAAUGCUGGUAAAGAGAAAUCUUCCACUCUGAAUCGUCUUAUUGAUAAAUAUCAAGAUGGUUUAACAAAAAAUUUAAUUAUCUUACAAUUCAUAUACAGGUUUCCAACAGUAUUCGAUUCAUAUUCUGUCAAAGAAUUGAUAUUGAACUGUGUUGCCACAUUGGAUCCAAACAAACAAUUUGAAGUAUUGCAAUAUGAACUUUAA